AUGAUGGAUAUCGAUUUAAAAGAAUUGGAAAUGCAAUUUAAACAAGUUCUUAUUGAAUUAGGUAAUCAACCAUGGAAUGAAGAAUUACUUCAUAAACUUCAACUGAUACAAAAGCAAAUGUUGGUACCAUCACCAGCUACUACAAAUCAAUCAGGUCUUCAUACAUCAUGUUCAACAGCAAGCAUUUAUGAAUCAUCAUUAUCAUCAUCAUCAUCAAAUCUUAAUAAUGUUGGUGAACCACGAACAUUAAAUAUUGAGAACAUGGCAGCAAAUAUUGAAACACGUCUUGUUCACCAAAGAUCUUCAAAUACUCAACCAGAUGAUGAUUCAUAUUCAAGAUUAUGGACAUUCCCAUUCAACUUCAAGUGGUUCGGUUUAAAUGGACAGAAUCAUGAUAAAAUGGAAUAA